AUGUCUUACCACGCACAACAUCUGGAGAGUCUGAAGGACAGCAGUUUGUUCUCCGGCGAAGCCUUCAUCGGUGGGAAGUGGAUCUCGAAAGAGAAACAGUUCGACGUUUAUGAACCGUCAUCCAUUUCCGUCUUGGGCAAGGUUUCAGACUGUUUGCUCGAAGAUUUUCAGGCAGCCAUCGUGAGUGCGGACGAAGCACAAUGCAAGUUCUUUAAAAGCACAACCGGGACAGCAAGGGGCGCACUUCUACGAAAAUGGUAUGACCUCAUUCUGGAAAACAUUGAUGAUCUUACGACAAUCCUCUCCCUCGAGAAUGGCAAGACGCGGGCUGAGGCAAGAGGAGAAGUUGCAUAUGCUGCCAGCUUUAUAGCAUGGUUUGCCGAGGAAGCCACCCGAGCUUAUGGCGUCACGAUCCCGUCAUCUACACCUCACACGACUCUGAUGACCCUUCGUGAGCCCAUUGGUGUGUGCGGUAUCAUCACGCCUUGGAACUUCCCUGCCGCUAUGAUCACAAGGAAAGUCGGCCCAGCACUUGCAGCUGGCUGCUCCGUCGUGAUCAAGCCACCCAGUGAGACUCCCUACUCGUGCAUUGCACUUACCAAGCUGGCCGUCAAAGCCGGUAUUCCUCCUGCCGUAAUUCAGGUGUGCCCCACUAAGGACCGACAAGCUGCUACUGAGCUUGCUAAGCACCCGCUCGUUAAGAAGCUCAGCUUCACCGGCUCAACCGGCGUGGGCAAGAAGCUGGCUGAGCUGGCAACGGGAACACUAAAGAAGGUUAGCCUCGAGCUCGGUGGUAAUGCGCCAUUCAUCGUCUUUGACGACGCAAAUCUUGAUCUGGCUGUAGAAGGUGCCAUGUUUUGCAAGUUCCGCUGCUCCGGACAGACAUGCGUUUGUGCAAAUCGCCUCUACGUGCAGAAGGGUGUGGCCAAGCCUUUCAUCGAAAAACUAGUGAAGGCAGUGCAGGCUCUCAAGACAGGUCCAGGGCUGGAUGCUUCCACAACGCAGGGUCCGCUGGUAAACAAGUCUGCUGUGGAAAAGGUCCAGGAGCACGUGGACGAUGCCACCUCCAAGGGUGCCAAAGUUGAGGUUGGUGGCAAGCCGCCUGCCUCGGCAGGUUUCUUUUACGAACCGACUGUGCUCUCUGGAGUAAACCCGGAGAUGCUGGUCAGCAGAGAGGAGACAUUCGGGCCACUCGCUCCCGUCUUCGUCUUCAAGACUGAAGCGGACGCUUUGCGACUUGCGAACGACACUGAGUUUGGAUUGGCCGGGUACUUAUUCUCACAGGAUAUUGCUCGGGCCAUGCGGGUGGCUCACAAGCUUCAGGUUGGUAUGGUCGGUGUCAAUACUGGAAAGAUCAGCGCUGCUGAAGCGCCGUUUGGAGGCAUCAAGGAAAGUGGGUACGGAAAAGAGGGUAGCCUCUAUGGGCUUGAGGAAUACCAGGUUAUUAAGAGCGUCACAAUCGGCAAUCAAGAUGCUGGUCUCUAA